UGAGGGAUUUAUGAUAGGCCCUUUCGAUCAUCCUCCUUUCUCCGUAUUCCGUAUCAGUCCCAUCGGUGUCGCCACACGCAAAUACUCGGGGAAAAAGAGGCUGAUCAUUGACCUGUCGUCCCCACACGGCUCCGACAUCCCGAGCAUCAACAGCCUUAUUCCUAGCCCGGAUUUCUCCAUGCAGUACGCCACCAUUGACCACGCCAUGGCACUGAUUCGUCUGGCGGGACAUGGAGCAUGGCUGUCUAAGGCUGAUAUCACUAGCGCAUUCAAGGUCUUGCCCAUUCACCCCGACUUCUGGUGUUAUUUCGGUGUCUGCUGGAAGGGGGCUUACUACUUCUCCGUGCGUCUCACUUUCGGCUGCAAGAGCAGUCCCAAAAUCUUUGACUCUUUAUCCGAGGCUCUAUGCUGGAUCCUCUCCAACAAUUACAGGCUCCCCUACGUCCUUCAUCUCCUUGACGAUUUUCUUGUCGUGACUCCCCCGUCCUCACCUCCUCGCCACGGUCUCACUACACUUACGUCUGCAUUUUCCGACCUCGGUGUCCCUCUGUCCGAAGAAAAAACUUCAGGACCUGGCACAUCCAUCGAGUUUCUGGGCAUCACUCUGGACUCAAUGUCAUUCCAGGCUUCACUGCCCUUGGAGAAAGUGCAGCGCAUCUCGCUGCUCUUGUCUAAUUAUCUCCUGACAGACAGGUGCACCAAACGCCAGCUGCUCGCUCUCCUCGGGCACCUCAAUUACGCCAUCCGCAUAAUUCCACAGGCAAAAUCUUUUCUUUCUCAACUGCUGACCAAAGCUGCAUCCAUUCCCUCUCUCCACGACCACGUGGUUCUGGACGACACUUGUAAAACAGAAAUGCGCAUGUGGCAGCAAUUUCUGUCAUCCUGGAACGGCAUCUCAUUCUUCUAUGACGACUUCAUCACCCAUCCCGAGGACAUUCAACUCUACACGGACGCGGCUCCCUCCGUAGGUUUCGGCGGGUAUUACGGGGGGAGGUGGUUUGCUGCCGCUUGGCCCUCCGAGUUCGAGUCCCUCGACACAGAGUCACGCUCUCCCUCGUCUGCUCUGUACGAGCUGUACCCCGUGAUCAUCGCCACUCUAAUCUGGGGGCAAGAAUGGUCAAAAAAAUGCAUCAAUAUUCACUCUGACAACACAGCAGUAGUAGAUAUAAUCAAUAAAGGCCGUUCCCGUUCCCCAGCCAUCAUGCCAUUCACCCGCAGACUCACUCUCAUCUCCGCUCAGUAUCAAUUCAUCCUCCGCGCGUCUCACAUUCCCGGUCACCACAAUGCCAUCGCUGACUCACUCUCCCGCUUCUCCUUCCAGAAAUUCAGAUGCUUGGCUCCAGACUCGGAUGUCCAUCCCACACCAAUCCCACCGUUUUCAGCGACCAUAUUCAGCUAAAUC